AUGGGGCGCCACCGACGCACGGAUACCCCCCAGACACCGAGGGGCCCCCAAACGGGUCAGCCUCACGGCCCGAUGGACGGAUUCCUCCAGUCCCAGACGGACGCGAGCGGGGAGGCAAGUGGAUCCAAUAUGGCGCCGACAGCCCUGCCCCCCAGGGAACCACAUGGCGCUGCGUUGGAGAGGAUAGGCGAAGAACUCCGUAAUAUGACUGCAGCCAUGGCCACAAAAACGGACCUCCUAGUCCUCACAACCACCAUACAGGAUGCACUGCGUGCCGAAAUGGCGGGAAUUAGGGCGGAGGUGACAGCACAGACAGGCCGCAUCCAGGACCUGGAACGCUCCCACGAAGCCCAUGCCACGAGGCAGCAAGCAACGGAUACAGCCCUAACACGCCAAGGUGAGCUGCUCCUGCAAAUGAGAAG